GAUAGACCCCUCGUGAGUCAAAUGCAAACUGACGUAUAUUUAUUACUGGCAAAACAGGCCGGGCAAAUUUGUUGAACAAGCAAGAAAGUUUUCGCUUUUUUUAAUCCUACAUUCCCCGCAAUAGCGUGGGAAUCUCGUACAGACUCAAUUUAAAACACACAACAGCCACAGUUUCGAAAGAGUGCCGAACGGCGGGCUCCCGAACACGGAAAGCGCGAAACGCACACACGACACCAUCGCCAUACCAUAAUCAUCGCGGCCACGCUCCAAGCUUAGGAAUUUUUCAAUUCCGGAAACACUGACCAAGCGAUCCGUGGUCUAGGAGCAGGUACUAUAGAUCUCAUCGCGAUCCCUGCGGAAACGCAGCAUAAUCACCUUGGGUGAGAAGAAACAACAGGCGCCAUGAGCGUGGACACGUACGCGCCCAGCUCGGCGCUCUCGUUCCUGGACAUGGACGACAACGAGCUGCUUCCGGGAGCGGAUACUCAACCCACGCAGUACGAUUACCGCGACUUUACCAUGCCCUCCACCUCGCAGAGCCAGACCCAGAACGAUCAGCUGGAGAUUGCCCAACGCUGCUCUGCCGGAGACUCGCAUCCACGACUGGCCAGCAUCACCAACGAUCUGGCCGAUCUGCAGUUCGAAGAGGAGGACGACGAGCCUGGCAGCUCGUAUGUGAAGGAGCUGCCGCCGCAUGCGUGCAAGUAUUGCGGCAUCCAUGAUCCAGCCACGGUGGUCAUGUGCAACAACUGCCGCAAAUGGUUUUGCAACGGUCGUGGAAGCACUUCCGGUUCGCACAUCAUCAACCAUCUGGUGAGGGCCAAGCAUCGCGAGGUGACGCUCCACGGGGAAGGUCCCCUGGGCGAGACAAUCCUGGAGUGCUACUCCUGUGGUGUGCGCAACGUCUUUGUGCUGGGCUUCAUUCCGGCCAAGGCCGAUUCUGUGGUCGUGCUGCUCUGCCGUCAGCCGUGUGCCGCCCAGAAUUCGCUAAAGGAUAUGAACUGGGACCAGGAACAGUGGAAGCCUCUAAUUGCAGACCGCUGCUUUUUGGCCUGGCUGGUAAAGCAACCCAGCGAACAGGGACAGCUGCGAGCUCGCCAAAUCUCAGCCGCUCAGAUCAACAAGCUGGAGGAGCUAUGGAAGGAGAAUAUUGAGGCCACGUUUCAGGAUCUGGAGAAGCCAGGCAUUGACUCGGAGCCAGCACAUGUGCUACUCCGCUACGAGGAUGGCUAUCAGUACGAGAAGACCUUUGGGCCGCUGGUCCGCCUUGAGGCCGAAUACGACCAAAAACUGAAGGAGUCUGCCACGCAGGAGAACAUCGAAGUACGCUGGGACGUCGGCCUCAACAAAAAGACCAUUGCCUACUUUACGCUGGCGAAGACCGAUUCGGACAUGAAGCUCAUGCAUGGCGACGAGCUGCGCCUGCAUUAUGUGGGCGAGCUGUACAAUCCGUGGAGCGAGAUCGGCCACGUUAUCAAGGUGCCGGACAAUUUCGGCGAUGACGUCGGCCUGGAGCUGAAAUCCUCAACGAAUGCCCCGGUUAAGUGCACCAGUAACUUUACGGUGGACUUCAUCUGGAAGUGCACGUCAUUUGAUCGCAUGACACGUGCUCUGUGCAAAUUCGCCAUCGAUCGCAAUUCAGUGUCGAACUUCAUCUACUCGCGCCUGUUGGGCCACGGUCGUGCGGAUUCCAACGACGAGGUGCUGUUCCGCGGCCCACAACCCAAGCUCUUCAGUGCCCCGCAUCUGCCGGAUUUGAAUCGCAGCCAGGUGUAUGCCGUGAAACACGCGCUUCAGCGUCCGCUCUCGCUAAUCCAAGGGCCGCCUGGCACGGGCAAAACCGUGACCUCGGCGACCAUCGUUUACCAGCUGGUCAAGCUCCAUGGUGGCACAGUGCUGGUGUGCGCUCCCAGCAACACGGCCGUGGAUCAGCUAACUGAGAAGAUCCACCGAACAAACCUUAAAGUGGUGCGUGUUUGCGCCAAGAGCCGUGAGGCCAUCGAUAGCCCGGUAAGCUUCCUGGCGCUGCACAACCAAAUCCGUAACAUGGAGACCAACUCGGAGCUAAAGAAGCUGCAGCAGCUGAAAGACGAGACCGGCGAGCUGAGCUCAGCAGACGAAAAGCGAUACCGCAACCUGAAACGUGCCGCCGAGAACCAACUGCUGGAGGCUGCCGACGUUAUCUGCUGCACAUGCGUAGGCGCCGGCGAUGGUCGUCUAUCGCGAGUCAAGUUCACCUCGAUCCUGAUCGAUGAGUCUAUGCAGUCGACGGAGCCGGAGUGCAUGGUGCCAGUGGUGCUGGGCGCUAAGCAGCUGAUCCUCGUGGGCGAUCACUGCCAGCUGGGACCGGUUGUUAUGUGCAAGAAAGCAGCUCGUGCCGGCCUCUCGCAAAGUUUGUUCGAGCGCCUGGUGGUUCUGGGCAUCCGUCCGUUCCGGCUGGAGGUGCAAUAUCGCAUGCACCCCGAGCUGUCCCAGUUCCCGUCCAACUUCUUCUACGAGGGAUCGCUGCAAAACGGCGUCUGCGCGGAGGAUCGUCGCCUUAAGCUUGAUUUCCCCUGGCCACAGCCGGAGAGACCGAUGUUCUUUCUGGUAACACAGGGACAGGAGGAGAUUGCCGGCUCCGGCACCUCUUUCCUCAACCGCACAGAGGCGGCCAACGUGGAAAAGAUUACGACGCGAUUCCUUAAGGCAGGCAUCAAGCCGGAACAAAUUGGAAUCAUCACGCCUUACGAAGGUCAGCGCGCUUACCUGGUGCAGUACAUGCAAUACCAGGGCAGCCUGCACUCUCGUCUAUACCAGGAGAUCGAGAUCGCCAGUGUGGACGCGUUCCAGGGACGUGAGAAGGACAUCAUUAUCAUGUCUUGCGUGCGAUCUAACGAACGUCAAGGCAUCGGCUUUUUGAACGACCCACGUCGCCUUAAUGUUGCCCUUACACGGGCCAAGUUCGGGAUCAUCAUUGUGGGCAAUCCCAAAGUGCUCGCCAAGCAGCAGCUGUGGAACCAUCUGCUCAACUUCUACAAGGACCGUAAGGUGCUCGUCGAGGGAUCUCUGAAUAACCUUAAGGAGUCGCUAAUCCACUUCCAGAAGCCCAAAAAGCUUGUCAACAGCAUGAACAUUGGGGCACACUUUAUGUCCACCAUUAUUGCCGAUGCCAAGGAAGUGAUGGUGCCAGGCUCCAUUUACGACCGCAGUGGCGGUUACGGCCAAGGUCGCCAAAUGGUGGGACAGUCAAUGAAUGGCGGACAGUACGGUGGCAGUGGAGGUGGUCCCUACGGAAACUCACCCCUCGGCUACGGUACUCCCAGCUCCAAUUCCAUGGUGGGCUUUGGCCUGGGCAACGGAGGCAAUGGCGCGGCCGGUGGCAACAACAACUUCGGAGGGGCUGGACCCAGUUGGGCGGCUGCCCACCUCCACCACGACUCCAUUGGCUAUAUAUCCAACGAGCAUGGAGCAGCAGCACUGGGCAACAUGCCAGUUCCGGUUGGCAUGUUCAUGAACAUGAGCAAUAUUCCGCCGCGUUUCUACAACCAGCACCAGCAGGCGAUCAUGGCGGUCAAGCAGAAUCGCGCCAUUCAACAACAGACGGGUAAUUUCUCUCCCGGUAACUCGGGUCCUGGAGUCACUGGAGUCGGAGUCGGACGAAGCGCCACCCCAGGCGGCAAUAAGAAGACCAACAAGCUGGGAAAAUCGCGCGUAACGGGCGGUGGAACUGGCGGGGCACCGCUAACACAAGGAAGCUCGGUAUGCAAUGCUGCUCCAUACAGUCAGCACCCGAUGCCUUUGUCGCUGCAGAUGACCCAGCCCAGCGGAUUUGCUCUGUCCCAGCAGCCGGAACUUUCACAGGACUUUGGGCAAAUAUCGCAGAUGGACGGUUUGCUAUCCCAGGAUGUUGCCUUUAACGCGUCGGGCGAGCGGAGCUUGAAUCAGUUCUCACAGCCUUAUUGAGAAUCCGGUUGGAGGUGCAACAACUACAAACGAUAACAAGCAACACAAACGAAACAACAACAAACUCAACUUUGAAGUCAUCAUCAAGGAGUAGCAUCAGUAGGCAGCAGGAAAAAGCAGAGAGGACCAUCACGGGAACAACGACAGAUGCGGGAAACAAUGCGACCUAAGAACAUUAGGACAAAGCGGGACAUUAAAAGAUGGCAAAUCGAGACGAGGCAGCGUGAUAGAUGGAGACGGAUAUGGCAAGAUGUGGAGUUACAAAGUAAUAAAGAAGACUGAGACGGGAGAGAGAUGUCGAAAGAUCGAAAUAUCGAGAGCAAAUCACUGUAGGCUGCCAGGAUGCACAGCUGCAGUUGCUGUUUCCGUAGCGCCGCGGGCCAUGGAGUCAUAGCCAGGCGACAUGCCAUUGGCCACCGGCCAUUGGCCAUUGGUCACGAGUGCGCUCCCGAGACGGAGUUCGCCCACGGAUGAGCCAAUCUGCCAGCAAGGCGCCACACAAGAUGGACAACUUCUCGACACGUUUCUUUUCUCUUUUGCCAGCCCAGGAUUCGCAGCCGGAGCCUAACAAAGACGCAAUCACUCCCGCCCAGGACAUGUAUUCACCAAGUGGCUUAUCUUCUAACCUUCUUCUGGCCUCUAGUGCAGCAGCCAAUCUUUAGCUCCUGUUUUAACAUUUUCCCACCCAAAGCGGUUUAUACCGAUCCCCAUAUAUGUAUGCCCACUGUUGUACAUUUUUGGACUCUUUUUUGAUGCAUUUGUUAUCCUAACAAACACGAAAACAAAAUCAAACAAAAACAAGGAAAAUCACGCAAACAAAGAAUCAAGACGAAACAAAAUCAAAUUUAAAAAACAUGGAUACACCAUUUAUAAUCGCUCGGGAACGCUGGCGGAUCCCCCCAAGCGGAUGCAGGCUUCCAGCGCAGUUCGGAUAUCGAAUGGUUGAUAGGAAAACGCAUUGCGAUUUACCGAUCUACAUAGGUACACUACAAAAAAAAAAACACCACAAAAAAACAGGCGAACAUUAACAAACUGAACCAACGGAGUAAAUGAUCAGGAUCAGAAAAGGUUAGUUAUUAAUAAUAUUAAUGCAGUUACAGAUGCCUGAUCAUUGUUUUUAAAACGACAUGAAAAUCGUAUAUAUUUUCUAUAUAUUGUCAGUUAAUUCUUCCUCCAUGCGACUCUUUGUAUCAAGAAAAUGGAACAUUUUGUUUGAAAUUCAAAAUAAAGAAUUCCCUUGCG